AUGUCCUUCAGAUUCAACUUGAGAAAUUAUGACGAGAUUGGCGUGGGUCUUAAAAGCGGGAACAGUGGUCCUGAUAACGAUAGCGUUAACAAUAACAAUAAUAAUAGUAGUAGUAGUAGUAGUAGUAGUAGUAGUAGUGGUGGUGGUGGUGAUGAUGAUGAUGACGUCGGUUACGUUCAUGAAGAUAAUGUUAAACAUCAUAAGCUAACGAAAGCCAACCACAUCAACUUUUACGAGAUUUUGAAAAGUGAAAUAAAUAACGAGAUCAACAACAACAACAACAACAACAAUAAUAAUAAUAAUAGCAACAACAUUAACAACAAUAAUAAUAACAACACUAACAAUAACAAUAGCAACAACAGUAACAAUAAUAUUAACAACUUUCCGAAAAAUUCUAAACUCGAUAAGGCCAUGCGCAGAGUGAAACUUCGCACGAAUAGUUCUAACGUUAUCAGAAAUAACAACAGGAGGAACAAAUUUUACAACAAAUAUAAUGACAACAAUAACACUAACAACAAAAGUUACAAACUUAAAAAUAGCAAUCGAAACAACGACAAAAUCAACGUCUUAAACAAACGCAGUAUCAGCAACAACAUUGUCAGGAACAACUACAACCUUAAUAACAAUAACAACAACAAAAACAACAAUAAUAUUUAUAUUAAUAACAAUAUUAACAAUAAUAAUAGCAUCAAUAACAUCAACAACAACAACAGCACUAGCGACGAUAUUAACACCACUACCAAAGCAAACAUCACCAUGAUCAAUGACUACAGCGACUACAACGACAAAAAGAAAACAAACAACAUUACUGCUGUCACAAACAACAACAACAACUAUAAUAAUAAUAAAAACAACAAUAAUAAAAACAACAACACCAACAAUAAAAACAACAACAACGUCAAUAGUAAAACUCACAAAAAAUAUUUUUAUUAUCAAUGGGAGACUACGGGCAAGCCAGCAAAAAAUGUCAACCUAUCUCACGCUACAAUAUUUAAUGCUGUCGAAAAAAUAUUUAAUAACAACAACAACAACAAUAAUAAUAAUAACAACAAUGAUAAUAAUAACAACAAAAAUAAUAAUAAUAAUGACUUUGAUGAUGAUAUCUUGACCUUUGAAUUUUGCGCCAAGUUGAACGAGAGUCGAACUAUAGUAACGAGAGGAAGGAGGCUGAUGUUGCCCCUCUUACCCUAUCAGAAGUACCAAAUUUGGAUUCACUCCUACCUGGAUGGCAGGAACCCAACAACGGUUGAGAAUGCUUUCUACAUUCUACCCAAUCAUCUCUUCAACUGCACAUACGUCAGAAUCUAUUUUAAGCCGAUAAAUCAGUUGUACUCCUGUUCAAAGUAUCAAAUCCAGUACAAAGUGCAACAGUACUUUCAGAAUGGUGACGCUGUGCUACUGUUAUCAUCACCUCAGCCUAGCUCGCCCUCAUCAUCAUCAUCAUCUUCUUCCCCUUUCUCCUCCUUAUCGUCAUCAAUGACGUCAUCGUCAUCUUCUUCCUCUUCGCAUCGCCACAACAAUGCUUACAUCGAUAUACUAUUAAACAGAAGUGGAACUGAAACCAACCGGAACAACAAUAUCGUGAUGGCUGCUGUUGUGGCUUUCAGUAAUUUGGGAAUUUCCAAUGAUGCUAUUUAUAACUUCAUUAAUAUUAAUUACUCAGCUGAUUUAGAUUUCGCCAAAAGACUGUUUAUAACUGUUGAAGGAGCCGGAAAUGACGUCAUUAUUAGUUGGUUUAUCAACGACAAUAACAACAAUAAAAAUAACAACAACAACAACAACAACAAUGAAAAUAUGAAUAAUAAUGAGGGUAAUAGUGAUUAUGAUGAUAUCGUCGGCUACACCAUAUUCUACUGUGCUACAGGCAGGAAAACUGGAUCGUGUGUUGACGAUGUUGAGUGGAUACAGAUGAAUGGUGAUGGCAGAGGUACCAAAAACGUUACAAUUUCAUCGCUGCCGUUCAGAUUUUAUCAAUACCAGUUUGGGAUUUCUGUAAGACGUGCGGGUGGCAACACUAGUAUUGUUUGGGCUGACAAGAAUCUCUAUUAUUUCUCCAAUGAAGCGCCACUUUCACCGACCGAUCUGACUGCGAAGGCGACUGCUGGCGACAGUAUCUCCCUGUCAUGGCAACUGAUGCCAUCAUCGUCCUGGAAGCACAAGUCAUGCUUGAUCACCGCUUUCAAGAUUUGCUACUGUCUGAAAAGCAAAGCUGCUGCUGCCACCGUUGUUGAUGUUGCUGUUGCAGCUAGUGGAUCGGCUGCUGACGGUAAUGAUAGGGAUGAUGAUGGAGGAAACUGUUUGGAAACAAGUUCAUUGCCAUCGCCAUCCUCGUCCUUCUCCUACCUCUUCAGCAACCUGACCCCUGACAUCGGCCACAUUUUCUGGGUCAGAUCGAAAUGUAGGUCGGGUCAUCUUUCUCCGGCAGCCGUAUUUAAAAAUAUGUCAGAUCAUCCGCCCAGCAAAGCUCAACUUAAGAAUCUGUUCGAUGAUGAUGACGAUGAAGAUGAUGACGGUGGUGGGGGUGUUAAUUAUUUGGAUCAGUCAUACUCACAAUUGUUCAUCAAUAAGGACAUAUUCGGCAAGUACAGCAACAGUGGCAGAGUCGUCAUCAUGGUGGUCAUGUGGAAUUUUAAGAGUGAUGACAUCAACUUAAAUGUGUUUGAGGCUCCUAGAAACAACAAUAACAUCAACAACAACCACAACAACAACAAUAACAUCAACAACAACAACAACGGCAUCAACAACAUUAACAUUAUCAGUGAUGUUACCAACACAUUUGACAUCCUCAACAAGCUUAAUAUCAACAAAAACAGUGUUAACGUCAUCAACAACAACAUCUUUGGUACAAUUAAUGCAAGCAACAGCAUUAACAACUUCAGCGCUGACAGCAACAACGUCAUCAGCAACAGUGGUUGUGCUAUCAAAGGCAUUGAGUUUAAUGCCAUCAGCGAAAUGAAGGAUGACAGCAGUAAUAACAACAAUUACAAUAACAAGAACAACAAUAAUGUUGACAGUUUUUCUAUUUUUAGUAGAUUUGACGGGAAUGCGAAAUGUAAAGAACUUAGUAGGUACGUGAAAGAUGACGACGACGACAUGAAUAACAACAAUAAGAGUAACAAUAUCAACAACAACAACAAUAAUAAUAAUAAUAAUAACAAUAAUAAUAGUAGUAUCGAUUCUUAUUCUCUACUAUCUGCAGUUGAAAAACUGUUGAAAUCCGCCAAGAAGGGGGGCGAGAACGAAAUGAACGGUUAUGAUAAUGAUGACUAUGGAGGUGCUGAUAAUGAUAUCAAGAAUGAUGACGAUGAUGAUGAUGAUUGCGAUAACGAUGACGAUGAUAGCAAGGACAGUAUCGUACUGAUGGGAGAGCGUCGUGAUAGAUUAGAUUACAGCACCAACAAUGAUAAAGGUGAUGACGAAAGUGAUGUUCUACUGAUCAAGACCAACCACAACAACAACAACAAUGUCGAUGACGUCACUAACAAAACAACAACAAAAUCAACAGCAGCAGCAACGACACCAGUGGCAGUAGCAGCAGCAGCUACAACAGCCACAACAACUAUGGCGAAUGACCCGUAUGUACAACACUCUGCUGUCUUCAGCGCUGAAAUGCUCAUUCGAGAUUGA